UGAAAAAUAGUAGUAGGAAAGAAAGGGAAAUGCAAUAAAUAAAAAAUGCAUUUUCAAGUUUGUGAACCGAGUAAGGUUGACAUGUUUGAGAAUUGCGUUGAGACAAUUCUCAUAAACUAAAACUUGACGUUGACACGUUCAUUUUCUCUCCAUGCUGUUUCAUUUCUCCACUCAUUUUCUAUGCCUUUUCUGUCGUUGUUAGAAUAUCCAACCUCCCUGCACAAUCUUCUCACGCAAUUUUUGUGAGCCAAGUUUGAGGCUUGUUCUUGUGAUGAUGCGUUGAAGGGUGAUUCUGGGAUCUAGCAGAGGCAGAAGCGUGUGGAUCUCUGCAAUUCCUGUAGCUUUUUCCAUCUGGGUAUAGUUUUUUGUUAUGGGGUGGAGAUACAAGGGAGGGUUGUUCCUCAUACUUACUGUGGUUGUCAUAUGGGUCACCUCUGCUGAAGUCACCCAGGAUAUUUUUAUAGAUUACAAGCAGCCAUUUGCAGUGACAUAUCUUGGAGCUUCUCUUAUGGUAGUGUACCUCCCAAUAGCUUUCAUUAAGGACUGCUUUUAUAAGUUAUAUAAAAAACAAUCUUCUAAAACUGGAAGAGGUGGGGAUGAGUUUUCUGUCCGGAUUACCUCUCCUCGCAAGAGCAAUGGAGGGCAAAGGAACACUGAAGUGGAAAUGGGGAGUAUGGCUCGAAAAGAUAGUGAUGCAGACCUUUCAAUGAAUGAAGAAUCAAUGCCAUUGGUGACUAAAUAUAAUGAUCCUAAUGCUUCAAAGGCAAACAAACAACUUACUACAAGAGAAAUUGCUAUUUAUGGAUUUUACAUUGCACCUAUCUGGUUUCUAACAGAGUAUCUAUCAAAUGCUGCCCUGGCACGAACAAGUGUUGCAAGCACAACAGUGUUGUCAUCUACUUCAGGACUCUUCACUCUCUUCAUUGGUGUGUUUAUGGGCCAAGAGACUUUGAAUAUAGCAAAAAUAGUUGCUGUCUUGGUCAGCAUGGCUGGGGUUGUGAUGACAACUCUGGGGAAAACAUGGGCUACAGAUGACGAUCUAACAAGUCCUUCCAAUGGACAGCGCACUGUUGUUGGAGAUCUUUUUGGACUUCUCUCAGCCAUUACAUAUGGUCUGUUUACAGUUCUUCUUAAAAAAGCUUCUGGUGAAGAAGGAGAACGGAUUGAUGUGCAAAAGCUGUUUGGAUAUAUUGGAUUGUUUACACUUCUAGCACUAUGGUGGCUUAUCUGGCCAUUGUCAGCUAUAGGAGUUGAACCUAAGUUUACUAUUCCCCAUUCUAUUAGAGUGGAUGAAGUGGUGCUUGCCAAUGGAUUUAUUGGAAGUGUUCUCUCAGACUACUUCUGGGCACUCUGUGUUGUGUGGACAACUCCCCUUGUGGCCACUUUGGGCAUGUCACUCACCAUUCCUCUUGCUAUGUUGGCUGACAUGCUGCUCCAUGGUCGGCAUUAUUCAGUAUUGUACAUUUUUGGCUCAGCUCAGGUAUUUGUAGGCUUUGUGAUAGCUAAUAUUUCAGAUAGGAUAAACAAGGCAAAUCACAUCCAAGAUUUGUCAUUAGGCACAAAUGGAAAAAUUUAACUAAAAUAAAGUAAGUAAAUCAUCAAAGGUCUUGAUAAAGAAGUAUGUGAAGAAAAAAGGGAGUUGAAGAAAGUGUCCACUUUUAUGGUAACGGGUGAUGUAGAGAAAAAAGGGAUAUUUAUGCACUGAAGCCUUUUGGACAACAAAAUUUCAAAGUUAUGGUGGUUUUUAUUAUUGAGAGUGGAAAGAGAAAAUAAGAGCAACAAGAAGAGUUUAUUCAUCAAUGACAUGUGAAAAUGAGAGAUAUUCAAAGAUGUGUAACAAGAAAAAAAAAAUCCAAAGGGAAUGGCUCAAGUAGAUUGUAUAUAUAGGUUUUCUUAGUAAAACAAAUAUGUUCAAUUUUUACUUUUA